CGGAGACAAACAUGUCUCGCGCCGGCAGGCGGUGCUCCGGUGGGAGUCGGACCGAGACGGCAAGGUGGCCAAGGCCAUGCUUGAGGUCGCCGGCGUCAAUCCGGUCCGGAUCCGCAAGGCUGAUGGUGCCACACGUCUGGUGCGGACAGGCGAGUCUGCCGAACUGACCGCUGGCGACGGCUUCUGGCUCGUUCGCUCGCUGUACUGGAUCGCGCUCGAUGGCGUGGACUGGGGAAGCAGCGCCGGCAAUGCGGGGCGUCGGAUCUCAGGUCUAGUCCCGCUGGGAGACCGGCGCGGUACGUCGUCCGUCACUGGGGUAAGCCUCGAGUUUGCGGGGCUGUUUGGCCUCGAUGUGCUGGGCAACCCCGAUCCGCAGGCCUCGGGCCCUGAGAUGUGCGGCGACAUGGUGGUGGAAGAUGUGGACGCGGCAUUUGCGCAGCUGGCACAGGACGAGGCGCUGGCACGCAAGCUGGCACAGGAUGAGAAGGCUGCAGCGCCGCUGCCGCCGCUACCUGAGGCGCAGGUGCAGAUGGCCGAGGACGAGGCGCUGGCCCGGGCCCUGGCCGAGGCCGAGGCCGAGGCCGAGGCCGAGGCGCUCCGGCUCGAGGCUGAUCGCAAGAUGGCGGCCGCGCUCGAAGCAGCGCUGCAGAAGGAGCUUGCCAAUCCGCGCGAUGUGGCGACGCUGGCGGACGCCUUUGUGCAGCGCAUCUUCGAGUCGAUGACCAAGAUGGGCAAGAGCAUUCUCAAGCUGCAGAAGCUCUCGUCCGAGGUGCUAGAGACCAAGUUUGAGGUCAAGUGGAACGAGUACAUGGCGGUCUACGGCGCCGAUUCGGAGGAAGCGCGGCCGCGGCUUGCCUUUCAUGGCACACGGUCGUCGGCGCUGGCGUCGAUCGCCGCCAAAGGUCUGGUGGUUCCGGGCACCGAGCCGGGCGUCAAGCACCGGACCGACUCGGGCUGGUACGGCCGCGGUGUGUACUUUUCGCCCAACUUUAGCGUCGCCUCGGCGUAUGCAAGCAACUCGCAGGUCAUUGUCGCCGCGGUUGUCCGUGGGAGAGUGCUCUCGAUUCCAGCCUCGGACUCGACGACCUAUCGCGGGCAGCCGUGCGAGCCUGGCUACGACUCGCAUGAGGCCGGCAACGAGUGGAUCAUGUUCCAGGCUGAGCAGAUUCUGCCUCUCUUUCUCCUUACCUUUGCGCAUGGCAAGCGUGCCGACGGGUGGGCGCCCGAGUACCUGCCGGGUGCCAACGCGCUGGAAAAGUUCGAGGCCAAGGUCGCCGCCAAGAAGAAGGCGCGCAAGCGCAAGCGCGCCGCCAUCCCGCUCAACAUGUCACCCGAGGAAAUCGCAGCGUCGCCGCUCAACGCGCUGACAGUCGCCGAACUGAAAGAUGAGCUCGCUGCGCGUCUCUGA